AUGAAGCUGCGCUGCCACUUUUGUGUCUUUUCAGUUUUUCUUUGUUUUUCCUUUUUAGAGUUUUCCGUUUCAUUUAGAGGCCCGGGUCCCCUCCAUUCGAGGGGCUGCGCGCUGCUGCCUGCUUCUUGCUGCAGCAGCAGCAGCAGCAGCAAAUGGGGCCGCGGCUGCAGCGCGCGGCCGAGGGUCCCCGCUGCUUCUAGGGAUGCAGCGGCCCCUGCUGCUGCUGCUGCAGGCCCCACAGCGCCUGUUCCAGCCGAAGCGCCGGCAGCACCCGCAGCUGCAGCAUCACCCGCAGCUGCAGCAGCACCCCCCGCAGCAGCAGCAGCAACAGCAGCAGCAGCAGCAGCAGAACGUUUCCCGUUUCAGGCGGAAGUGAAGCGGGUGCUGGACAUCAUAGUGCACAGUCUGUACACCGACCGCGACGUCUUUCUGCGGGAGUUGAUUUCAAAUGCUGCAGACGCCUGCGACAAGAAGCGCGUGCUGCUCGAGCAGCAGCAGCAGCAGCAGCAGCAGCAGCAGCAGCAGCAGUGGCGCGGGGCGAUUAGGGUCUACGCAGACAAAAGCCAGGGCACUUUGACUGUGGAAGACGACGGCAUUGGAAUGUCUCGAGAGGAGUUGAUAGACCACUUGGGGACAAUAGCGCAAUCGGGGACUUACAGGUUUGCGCAGCAGCUGCAGCAGCAGCAGCAGCAGCUGCAGCAGCAGCUCGCGGCUGGCUGCGCCCCGCAAAGCGCCAGCGACCUCAUCGGCCAGUUCGGGGUUGGCUUUUACUCUGCGUUUCUUGUUGCUGACAAAGUGGAGGUCAUUUCUUCGAGAUGGACUCCUGCUGCUGCUGCAGCAGCAGAUGGUGCAGCAGCAGCAGCAGCAGCACCCGAGGUGUGGAAGUGGAGCUCGAGCUGCGGGCAGACGUUCACGGUGGAGCAGCUCGCUGCGGCAGCAGAGCAGCAGCGCUGGCAGCAGCAGCAGCAGGCGCUGCAGCGGUCGCUGCAGCAGCAGCAGGCGAAGCGCGCCGCCGCGCCCGCCGCCCCGCAGCAGCAGCAGCAGCAGCAGCAGCAGCAGCAGCAGCUGUGGACCGGCACCAGAGUCGUGCUGCACCUCCGAGAAGACUCCGAUGACUAUUUGGAAGACUACCGAUUAAAAGAACUUUUGAAAAAGUUUUCGGAGUUUCUUCAAGUUCCGAUUUACUUGCUGUCGGAGCGCGUGGAGUACGAGCGCGUGCGGGACACUGCAGCAGCAGCAGCAGCAGCAGAUGCAGCAGCAGCAGCAGCAGCAAAGUUCAAAACCGUCACCCACAGAUUCCAGGAGUGGAUUCACCUCAACACGCAGCCCCCAAUUUGGAGAAGGCCAGAAGCAACUUUGAAGGAAAAGGAUUAUGUAGACUUUUACAAAACCACCUUCAAGGCUUAUGAUGACCCGCUGGCGUUUCUGCACAUGGCCGUGGAGGGCCAAGUCUCCUUCAGAGCUCUUCUUUACGUCCCGGGCUCUUUGCCGUGGGAGCUUUCCCGCAACAUGUUUGAUGAGGACUCGCGAGGGAUUCGGCUGUACGUCCGCCGCGUCUUCAUCAACGACAAAUUCCAAGAGGCCGUCCCAAGGUGGUUGACGUUCAUUCGGGGAGUUGUGGACUCAGACGAUCUGCCUUUGAACGUGGGGAGGGAACUUUUGCAGAAGUCCCAAAUGCUUCGUGUAGUUCACAAAAGAGUGGCAGCAAAGGCUGUUGAAAUGAUUCAAGCAAUUAAAAGACAAGGAAAUGAAAAGUGGGGAAGGUUUUGGGAGAACUACGGCAAGUACCUCAAGAUUGGGGCUGUUGAAGACAGAGAUCAGCAGGAGGCCCUGGCCUCUUUGGUCCAACUCCAUUCUUCUCAUUCCAAAACUUCUUUAACAACUUUAGAUGAUUACAUUUCCAGAAUGGAGGCUCGCAACCGUUCAAUAGAGUCUGGGACCUACGGGGGCCCCCCGGGGGCCCCCCAGGGGGCCCCCGCGGCUGCGGGCGUGGACGGGGGCCCCCAGGGGGUUCCCCAGGGGUGGGGGGCCCCCGGGGGGCCCCCCAGGAGGCAAAGGGCCAUUUAUUACUUGGCAGCGGAAAGCAGAAAGGCUGCAGAGGACAGCCCGGCUUUGGAGGGUUUGAGGGCUCGAGGGUUUGAAGUUUUGUUCGGAGUUGAGCCUUUAGAUGAAUUCUUUUUGGCCUCUCUAGCAGUAAACCAGUUCAAAGGCUACGCAGUUAUAGACAUUAAUAAGGCAGACCUGCAGCUGGUGGAGUGGCUGCAGCAGACGCUGGGGCCCCGCGUGCACAGCGUUUGCCUGUCUUCGCGGCUUGUGCAAAACCCCGCAGUUCUGGUGCAGGGGCAGCUGGGGCUGUCGCCCACUAUGCAGCGCUACAUGCAGCAGCAAGCUGCUGCUCAGGGAGCCACAGAGCAGCAGCUUUUUGGAACUUCUCUCAACCAACCAGUCCUCGAGAUCAACCCCGACCACACCAUCAUUCGCCAGCUCGACUCCAUGGUGAAGGCAGACCCCACAAGUGCGCGGGCCAAGAGCCUGGCCCUGGAGCUCUUCUCUGUGGCUUCGCUGCAGGGCGGAUACAGCCUGGAGGACCCUGGGGGUUUUGCGCGGGCUGUGAUAGAGCUGCUGCAGCGGGAAGCAGCAGCAUACGUCAGCAGCAGGGCUUGA